AAGCCAUGACUCGCUAUUUUGUGGCUAUAUAUAUUCGUGCAACAGGGCCCUUAUAACCACGCCUCCACACUCUGCAGUCCAAAGUCUGAUAUGUCUGCUUCAAUUUGGACCUGCAUUCACACAAUGCCGAGCAAAUCUCAGGUCAUUACAUGCAAAGCUGCAAUAUGCUGGGGGCUAGGAGAGCCUGUGACAGUGGAAGAGAUACAAGUAGAUCCUCCAAAAGCAACUGAAGUUCGAGUUAAGAUGCUUUGUGCAAGUAUCUGCCACACAGACAUCACAAGCAUCCAUGGAUUCCCACAUGGUAUAUUUCCUUUAGCACUUGGACAUGAAGGAGUUGGGAUUGUAGAAAGUGUUGGUGAUCAAGUGACACUAAAAGAAGGGGACAUGAUAAUUCCAACAUACAUAGGAGAGUGCCAAGAAUGUGAGAAUUGUGUUUCAGGAGAAACCAAUUUGUGUAUGAAAUACCCUAUAGCAUUGAGUGGCAUGAUGCCAGACAACACUUCAAGGAUGUCCAUCCGAGGCCAGAGGCUAUCUCAUGUUUUUAGUUGUGCUACAUGGUCAGAGUACAUGGUUAUUGAUGCAAGCUACCCUCUCAAAGUUGAUCCAACCAUUGAUCAAGCCCAUGCUAGCUUCAUCUCAUGUGGGUUUUCAACUGGUUUUGGAGCUGCUUGGAAGGAAGCCAAGGUUAAAAGUGGAUCAAGUGUAGCUGUUUUUGGCCUUGGAACUGUUGGAUUAGGGGCUAUAAGUGGAGCAAAGAUGCAGGGGGCAACUAAGAUAAUUGGGAUUGACAAAAAUUACAUGAGGAGAGAAAAAGGAGAAGCCUUUGGAAUGACACACUUCAUAAAUCCUGGUGAUUCUGGUAAAUCUCUUUCAGAAUUGGUCAAGGAACUGAGUGGUGGAGUGGGUGUGGAUUAUUCCAUUGAGUGCACUGGAGCUCCCCCUUUACUUACUGAAUCUGUGGCAGCCACAAAAGUGGGAACAGGUAAGACAAUAGCAGUUGGGAUGGCACCUGAGCCUGUUGUGCCGUUUGGACUUCUUGCCCUUUUGUUUGGUAGAACUUUGAAAGGUUCAGCAUUUGGAGGGAUAAAAACUACAACAGACCUGUCCAUCAUAGCUAACAAAUGUCUAAAACAGGAAUUCCCACUUCAAGAGUUGUUCACCCACGAAGUCCCAUUGUCUGAUGUAGACAAAGCAUUUGAGCUAUUGAAACAGCCUGACUGUGUCAAAAUUAUCAUCAAGAUGUGAACAUUUCAACAACAAAAUGUUUCACCUGCCACUCCUCAUGAUUUAAGAGUUUUCCUUACAUGUUUUUCACUCUCGUGGACCAGUGAUUGUUGUCACAUUACUAUAUUUGUCAAUGACAAGUGUUUUUCUAUAUCAAAUAUAAUUUGAGGUGUCACCAAUUUUCCCUUC